CCAGAUUCACGUUAACGCUGUUUAAACUAAAAGAAGAGUCCUGUAAGAGACGUUGAUCAGGAAAUGGAGUUUUCAUCAGAUUCAGAGAAACAACAGCUCAUCCAGGCUCAUUUGGAGCCUCUUAGAUGGACUAUUUCCCCAGAGGAAGACUUUUCAGACUCUUCAUCCUCAGAGUUCAGUGAUGAUGCGUCCAGCGUGGACGGACUGUGGCGGUCUGAGCGGCUCUGCCAGGAGACGGACACUAUUUCCGCGGUUGAGAGUGACACCAGACGGUCGGCCAGAAGGAAACUUUUUGCUGCCUGUGUUGUCAGCCUCGUCUUCAUGACCGGAGAGGUGAUUGGUGGGUACGCAGCUCACAGUCUAGCCAUCAUGACGGACGCUGCUCAUCUUCUGACGGACUUUGGCAGCAUCGUGAUCAGCCUCUUCUCUCUGUGGAUCUCAUCCCGGCCAAAGACACAAACCAUGACGUUUGGCUGGCAUCGAGCAGAGAUCCUGGGCGUGCUCCUGUCAGUCGUGUCUAUCUGGGUGGUGACGGCGCUGUUAGUCAUGUCUGCCGUACAGAGGAUCACAGACGGAGACUACGACAUCGACAGUCACAUCAUGCUCAUCACCUCGGGCUGUGCUGUGGUGGUCAAUGUCCUGAUGGUCCUGAUCUUCCAUCAGUCUGGAGCCCCACAUGGACACAGUCACGGCUUUCACAGCAGCCAGGACAAACAGAUUCAGGGGCACAGCCACCAUCACGGCCACGGUAACAGCAGUGUGAAGGCGGCUUUCAUCCAUGUGGUUGGAGAUCUGGUGCAAAGUUUGGGAGUCCUGAUCGCUGCCACCAUCAUCCACAUCUGGCCUGAAUAUAAAGUUGCAGAUCCAAUCUGCACAUUCCUGUUCUCGGCUCUUGUCCUGCUAACGACAAUACCAGUCUCAAAGGAGAUUUUCAGGAUACUGAUGGAGGGCGCUCCUCAGCAUGUUUCCUUCAGCGCUGUGAGAGACGUGCUGCUGUCUGUCAGAGGAGUUGUGGCUGUUCACAGUUUGCACAUGUGGAGUCUUAACAUGAACAAUUCUUUACUUUCUGUCCACGUGGCCACAGAAAAAGAUGCUGAUUCACAGACCGUCCUCAUGAAGACGACGAAGCUGCUGCGCUCUGAGUUUGGUUUCUCCAGCAUCACUGUGCAAGUGGAGCGUUAAAACAAUGACUGAUGGCACAACCUGUACUGUAAGAGACUGACAACAGAGCAGAAGCUCUUUCAAAUGCUGGAUACUCCAGAUUUUCUCAUUGUUGUUUACAUCUCUUUAGCUUUUUUUUUAAUAUACAGCCUUAUUUUUUUCCCAUGCACCACUUGUGGUAAGUUUCCACCAGGAAGUCUGGUUUGGUUCAACACGGUUUGUAAAGGUUUGAAACAGUUAUCCCUGAUCUUGCUUGUGUUUCCACAGCCACCUACCUUUGCUUGGUAUUUGGAGGUGUAAGCUGGAUGGCGAUAGCUGCAUCAGUUACCUUACAGUGUGAGGAAAUAGCAGCACAA